UUUCUUCGCUCGUUUGGUCAGCAGCAGCAGCAGCAGCGCCUAUAGUGCGAAGCAGCUUAUGCACACAUAUAUACAAAACGGAGCAGUAGUGGCAGCAGCUCGCAACAACAACAUAAGCAGCUCGUUCUCCGCCGCAGCUGUUGUGGGCUUUAUACACGCCGACCGCUCUACGUGCUCCUUUUAAUUUCUGUUUUACUUUUUACGUUCUCGACGCUCGUUCGGUCUAUCGCGAAAUCGCUUUAAACCCGAAGCAUCGAGCUCCUCGAAGCAGUGCCGAGUGAUAAGUUUUCCAGGCGAAUCCCGUGCAAUACAGGCUCCUCUGCCACAAUUUGUCCUUCGCACACUCGCACGGGGCAGGUGGUGAUUUUUCCCCACCAUCAUCCUAUUCUCUUUCUCUCUGUGUCAGUGUAUACUAUACAGAUAUAAAGCAUAUAUACCAUAGCCUAUGUAUACGUGCGUGUCCUCUCCUUAGUGUAUUGUAACUGGAAAAUUCGUUCUGUACAAAGACUUCGAUCUUGAAUGCCACUGAGCUCAUGCACGCUCAUGGAGAGCAGUAAAACUCGCGCACAUAUUACCUGUUGCCAUCGUCUUUCGAGUGAAUCAUAGCAGUUUUCGAGAUAUGCCUCAUCGGCCUCGCUGACAGAUGAUCAUUUUUACACUUUUAUAGUACAUUUUUUACCUAGUGUUACUUUAGACGAUAUUCAUAAUGUGUGACUCGGCGGACCCUUCGCUUAUCCAAAAGCUAUCUUACCUGCGUUUCGACGAUGACGUUCCAAGAGUUACUGGAUCCAGACCCGAAGCACAGGUACCAGUGAAAAAAUCAGUUGGUGCCAUCGAGAGUUUUUUAGAGAGUGAUAAUCAUCAACAUCCAGAAUACAAAAUGUAUGAGAGAGAUAACUUGAUAGCUUCAUCCAGAUUUGCUACACCAAAAGCAGUGGAACAAUUAGAUGAUAGAGAGAAGAAAGAUUCUCCAGUUUAUGAAAAUAUUGACUACCAUUCCCAACAUUCAGGACAAAAUUAUCCUCCUUACUUUCAUGGAGUGGAAAGAAGAAGAUCCAUACAAAGUCCUAGAACAUCUAUAGCAGGGGAUCAUUAUGAUCCUAAUUACAAGCAACAGGCUUGUAUGAAUGCUCCAGACGGACUUACUUUGUUAAAAAAAGCUCAACCUCAAGUACCUACAAGCAAUCGUUAUCAAACUGCAUCACCGGCAAAAGAACUACCACCAUAUGAAGCACCACCAGUUUAUGAAAAUAUUCAGGAUGUUCAAUAUGCGACAGAAUCCAAUAAACCCAAAGCUAAGCCUCAAGUUCCCACUAGUUACUACAAUUCUUUGAAUCUUAAUGGUGGUGAUUAUGUAGUAAUGACAGGUAAAGGAACUUCUGCGUCAAAUCAAAAAUCAGCUCUAUCUCUGCAAGAGAGUUUAAAUCGUUUACAAAAUUAUGAUCAUCUAUUACAAAGAUCCUACGACCAAACUCUUUGUAAUAAAUAUUUAACGUCAGCUAUAGAUCAGCUUAACAAUAAGAGUACCUAUGUUCCACCUUCAGAACUUCAGCAACAUCAAAACUAUGCUUAUGAACAACAGCCUCAGUCACAGUUUCACACUCGGGUUAAUUCCUCAUAUCAUCCAGAAUCGUCAACUGCUCACUAUCCUAAUGAAACACCUCAGCAGCAACAGCAAUACCAGCAUUAUCGCAAUGCAACUAUUGAUACACCUAGUCAACGUAAUCAUUAUCGGCAAGAAGAAAUUACAUCUGGUAAACAAUACACAGAGCAGGGACCUAUGAGUGCUAAUUCAAUGAAUGCCACUUAUUAUAAUGAUGCCCACUCACGAAGCUUGCCAGCUGCUUUUAAUGCUCCAAGGCCUUCUGAUCAACUCAGCAGAAACGUUCAUUGCUAUUCGCCAAGCCGUUCCGUUCAAAACAAUCAACAAACACAUCAUUCGGACUCUGGUACGUCAAGCCCAAGUCAUUAUCCAGCCUCGGAGCAGACGUCUUAUUCACCUAGUCCGUCUAAUGAACGUUCUAUGGAUCAACCAGCCGAAACACCACGGAAAUCAGUUCAAUUCGCAUCACGAGUAAGCUAUCCACGAAUUGCAUCUCAGGAAGUUGUAUCUCGAGUUCAACAAACCCCACGAACAUCGGAUGAUACGCUAUCGUACGGGCCCCGUAUAACAAGUUUACCUCCUGGAGUGACAAGUGGCAUAGCUGGUCCAGUAACUAUGAGCGAUGGAGUGCCACAAAUAAAGAAACAUUUCGAUCUAGAUUCUACACCGUCAAAUCCCCCGGCGAAACCUAUAAUGGGUAAAGGGCUUUUGCCCUUCAAUGUAACGUCUCGUUCAUCGGGACCAACUGAAGCGGAAAGAAAAAUAGAAGAAUUGACUCGGCAGUUGGAAGAAGAAAUGGAAAAACAAGAAGAAAAAGGCGAAUACUUUGGUAUUUGUCACACCUGCCGGCAAAAAGUGACUGGCGUCGGCCAAGCUUGUCAAGCCAUGGGUAACUUAUACCACACUAAUUGUUUUAUUUGCUGUUCUUGUGGACGAGCAUUGCGAGGCAAAGCUUUCUACAACGUCGAUGGACGAGUCUACUGCGAAGAAGAUUAUUUAUAUUCUGGAUUCCAACAAACUGCUGAGAAAUGUGCUAUUUGUGGCCAUCUGAUCAUGGAAAUGAUUUUGCAAGCAAUGGGUAAAUCAUAUCAUCCCGGCUGCUUCAGAUGCUGCGUCUGCAACGAGUGUUUAGACGGAGUUCCAUUUACUGUUGACAUAGAUAACAAGAUAUACUGCGUUAAUGAUUAUCACAGAAUGUUUGCACCUAAGUGUGCUUCAUGUGGUAAAGGAAUAACGCCCGUUGAGGUAAACGAUAUCGAAGGUACCGAAGAAACCGUGCGAGUAGUUUCAAUGGACAAAGAUUUCCACGUUGAUUGUUAUGUUUGCGAAGAUUGUGGUAUGCAAUUAACUGAUGAGCCAGAUAAACGAUGCUAUCCAUUGGAAGGCAGAUUGAUGUGCCGAGCAUGUCACAUUCAACGUAUUUCCCAUACGCAGCCCCGAGCACCACAGCCAGUCUCUGCUACUUAUCAAUUCAUGGGUUAAAACAUUUUAGAUAAUGUUUGAAUAUGGGUUAACCUUUAUCACUACGUUAUUGAAGGUAGAACCUUUUAAAUGUUCUUAUGUGAUAUAUUUAAACAAAUAGAAUCAUCUUAAUGGAACUAUCAGUUAUUCAAUAUUGACCUAUUAAGAUUUUGUAAGAUUAUGUUGAAAAUUGUAUGCUAAAAUAGUUUCAACAUGCAAAUCAACUAUAUCAUAUUAAUAUUAGCAAAUUUUUAUGUUUAACUUCGAUUAAUGAAGUAAUGUUUUUAAAUGAAUAUAAGUCAUGUGAACAAAUAAUUUAAGCUCAAACCGUAAAAAAAUACAUAUUUAUAUGUAUCGCCGCCUUAAUGUUGUAAAACAUUUAUGUUUCGAAUUAUGUACAAAUGUCGCAGACUGCUGUUACUUGAAGCGCAACAAAUGAUUGUUGUUUGUAAUAAUCGCCAAGUUUACCGUAAUUUUUUAUACGUAUAGUUUUAGUAAAUUUGCACAAUUUAUUAUAGAAAAGUUUUUGAUGAAUUUUGUACGUUUUAUGAAAUUUUUUGAAUUGAUUACAAUUUGCAUAAUAAAAAAGUUAGUAUAAUAACGAAACCAUUUUCAGUAUUCGAACUUAACUGUGUAAUAUUUAAGCAAUACUUGAACGAUACUCAACGUUAGACAAAAAAAACGUAUAUUUAAAAACAUCUCGAUGAACUUUUUAUUAUACGCAUAAUAAAACUAUAUAUGUACACUAUUAAAAAUCUUAUUGAUGUAAAAUGUUUUCUUCGUUACAUCGCGUACGCGCUAUGCGUACUUCUGAUUGACAAUAUUUAUUUUUAUUGUUAAAAAUUGUAUAUUUUCUCGUCGGAAAGCGACGAUUUUAUAGGGACAAUUUAAUUAAAUGUAAUUGACUGUUCGAAUGUUUGUAUUCCAAGUAUACACAAUUUCCAUAAAUAAAAUAAU